AUGGAGGAAACGGCUCAUGGGCUGCAGCACAUAUGGUUGCUGAUGCGCAGCAUCUCCCUUGACGUGAGCGAACUUGCACUUGUCUCCGUAAGUGCAACGCCCACUGGCGAACAAGAUCUGAGCCGGCCCCUUGGGGCCGCGGCAGCUGUUGAUGUGCCGCCGAACGUGGAGCCGUCCGAUGGUGUAGACGAGCUUUUGCCUGAUCCCCUGAACUUGCCACCCGUGCCAGAGGAGUUCCAGGGGAGCCUCAACGAGCUUGUGCCCGCUUCCCUGAUCUUUCCAACCGAAUUGCUGGCAAGCCUCGACCAGAUCUUAGCUCAACAACGGCAAUUGCUUGCUGCGCUACCACCGGUUCCAGAGACUGCGCCGGUGAGCGGUCCUGCCCUGUCUGAAGUUGCAGAGGCAGAUCCGGCCCGCGACCACAACCUGUCCGACACCUCAGAUGCGGCAGGUGACACAUCGCUGCCUAACCCCGAGGGCGCUGACAGCGCCCACCAUGACCUGUACGCCACCCACGAGACUCCGGUGCCCGACACCGAGGUGGAUCCGGACCUCGCAGAUGAAGAUGAAUUGGUGCGACGUAUGGGAUUUAACCCUUCGCCUGGUGCAGCUCAGGUGGUUCGUGACCACCGCACCAAGCGCGCGAGGGAGAGGUCUGCGGGAAGUCGACAGCCUCCUGGAGAGAGCAUGGAACCCGACGAGGUCGCCCAGAGCACGCCGUUGGAUUUGCCAGCGAGGCAGACCCCGGAUGCGAUGGAGGAAGUUGAGGUGGAUGCUCUGGAGGACACCGAGGAUGACCUUGCGGUGGAGGAGGAGCUCGCUGAGGAAGAGGCCAGCGCGCUCGACCUUGAGUUUGUUCCUCUGCACUCCGACGCGGAGGUGGAUCCCCAGGCCCUGGAGGAGGAAAACGAGAGGGUUCGCAGAGCCGCGGCAGAGACGCGCCACCGCAGACGGCUCUUUCGAGGCUGCUCCCAGGUCAUGGGAGGCGAAACAAUGGGGGAAGAUGCCGUGGUGACAUACGGCCAGAACCACGCACCUAUUCCCAUAUUAAGAGCAGCCCGUGGCGCCCUCGGAGCCGGUGGACCCUCCACCGGAUCGCGUCCUUGCAGCGCGUGCCAGUCCACCGGUGCCAGAACCAGCCGAUCCUCCGAGGCCGCGAUUCAAUCUGUGGCGGGAGCAAGAUUGCUGACCGCGGCACAGUGGGCUGCUUGGCACAACGGUACGCACGAGCCCGACGACACCCAUCCACCGGACCGUCCGAGCGAUGAGCGCGGCUCAGCAGCUCAGCAAGCCGCCGCGCACGCUGGCGAGGAGGAAGCCGAGUCCGAGGAGGAAGUCGUUGUUGAGGACGAGGCGGACCCUGGCCAUAUGGCGGAGAUCGAGGGCGGGGAGGAUUUUAUACGGGAGGUUGGUGACGUGGCGCGGCGCCUGUUCGGGACGCUCCUUGACGAUGGCCGUGGCACUGCCACGCGAGCCGAUAAAGCCGGCGAUGGUCCGGAGGCCGAGCUGGAGGAAACAGUAUCUGCCAUCGCCGAGGAAUUCAGAGCAGGGUCCGUGUUGAUAACACGAGCGUGCUUCGCCCUAGUUGCCUCCGUUUUGCACUGGGUGCUUAUGUUGUACCCUGCGAUCCGCGAAGCAGAUGCUACGACUCUGCGGCCAAGAGCCCGAGUUGGGACUGAAGGUGCAGUUGUGUUUCGACCCGUGUACCGUCGUGAAGGGCUUAGGCUGGGUGAUUUGACCACUUCCGAAAAACAGGAAAUUACCAAGCGGGUUGAAUCUUUGCUGGACAGUAUUGAAGGCAGUGGGCAGGCAGGAAAGGCGAUUGGGUUGAACAGUGCGGCGCGUGCUAUUGUGCAUCGAAUAGCAGCUGGCCGUGGGUUCUCCCACGAGACCUCGGAGGAUAAAAGUGAAAUGCUUCUUUUUCAUGCCGAGAAAGCCCCCUUGAGAGAUCGUGGGCCAGCAUCAACACUUGCGCUCGUAGCUGCACCUACCCCGCGUCGCCUAUCUCUUUCCCUGCCGCCUAGGAGCGAUCGCAGCGCUCCCGCACCCACUGGUGCGAGCCCCGCUUCAACCUCUGGUGUUGUUUCCCCAGCCACUGCAGUAUCAGGCGGUACUUUGUUCGAGCUAGAGCUGCUGAGAAAGGAGAAUGCGCAGCUACGCAAGGAGCUGGAGAGGUCUGAGACGAGGACAGCGGGCCUCCAGACUCAGCUCAGGGCGCAACACUCGCUUCGUCAGGCAUCCCACAACAAGGUGCCUACGACUGGGUAUGACGCCGGCAUUGCGUCUGUCACGCUUCUCCCAGACAGCGAUUGGGUUGACAAGGCUGUCGUUGACAUCUCGCCGUCAGCGGGAGAUGGAGGCCCAGUCGCCAUUAUGGCCACGGCAUACACGUACGAUUGUGACCAGAUCACACCGGCACUAUGUGCCGCGUGCCAGGCCGGUGCCAAGGUUCUCUUGCUGGUCGAUGAGAAAAGCAGCAAGUCGUGUAAUGACUCCCUGCCACGUUUGCAGAGCUUGAGGGAGUGUAAUUUUGAAAUGGUCAUGCGCUACGAGACCUCAGAAGCCGAGGGAGAUCCUCGCGUAGAGACCUACAAGGCUUGGUUCUCUGACUUGUGGGAUCGUUCUAUCCCCGCGAAGUUGGACUUCGAGCCGAGGUUGCAUUUUGCAGCAAGCAUCAUUGAAGCAUGUGACGCGGUGACGUUGCGAGCUCUUGAGUACGAUCCAAUUGGGAUCGGUUGCACUGUGAUCCGGGACUUGCAAGCGAAGCAAGGAAACAAUCGGCUGACCGAGUGGCUGCGCUAG